AUGUCAGUUCUGAUAUCACAGAGUGUAAUAAAUUAUGUGGAAGAAGAAAACAUUCCUGCUUUGAAAGCUCUUCUUGAAAAAUGCAAAGAUGUAGAUGAGAGAAAUGAGUGUGGCCAAACUCCACUGAUGAUAGCUGCUCAGCAAGGCAAUCUGGAAAUAGUGAAAGAAUUGAUCAAGAAUGGAGCUAACUGCAAUUUGGAAGAUUUGGAUAAUUGGACAGCACUUAUAUCUGCAUCAAAAGAAGGGCACAUGCACAUUGUGGAAGAACUGCUUAAAUGUGGGGUUAAUCUGGAGCACCGUGAUAUGGGGGGAUGGACUGCUCUCAUGUGGGCAUGUUACAAAGGUCGUACUGAAGUAGUAGAGUUGCUUCUUUCUCAUGGUGCCAAUCCAAAUGUCACUGGUCUGUACAGUGUUUAUCCAAUCAUUUGGGCAGCGGGGAGAGGUCAUGCAGAUAUAGUGCAUAUCUUACUGCAAAAUGGUGCUAAAGUCAACUGCUCUGAUAAGUAUGGAACCACCCCCUUGGUUUGGGCUGCCCGAAAGGGUCAUUUGGAGUGUGUAAAGCAUUUAUUGGCCAUGGGAGCUGAUGUUGAUCAAGAGGGAGCUAAUUCAAUGACUGCACUUAUUGUGGCAGUGAAAGGAGGCUACACACAGUCAGUAAAAGAAAUUUUAAAGAGGAAUCCAAAUGUAAACUUAACAGAUAAAGAUGGAAAUACAGCCUUAAUGAUUGCAUCGAAGGAGGGACAUACGGAGAUUGUACAGGACCUGCUUGAUGCUGGAACAUACGUAAAUAUACCUGACAGGAGUGGGGAUACUGUACUGAUUGGUGCUGUCAGAGGUGGUCACGUUGAAAUUGUUCGUGCACUUCUCCAAAAAUAUGCUGAUAUAGACAUUAGAGGACAGGACAAUAAAACUGCUCUAUAUUGGGCUGUUGAAAAGGGAAAUGCAACCAUGGUGAGAGACAUCUUACAGUGCAAUCCUGAUACUGAAAUAUGCACAAAGGAUGGUGAAACACCACUGAUAAAGGCCACCAAGAUGAGGAAUAUUGAAGUAGUAGAGCUGCUGCUAGAUAAAGGAGCCAAGGUGUCUGCUGUAGAUAAGAAAGGAGAUACUCCCUUGCAUAUCGCUAUUCGAGGAAGGAGUCGGAGACUGGCAGAACUUCUUUUAAGAAAUCCUAAAGAUGGACGGUUACUUUAUAGGCCGAACAAAGCUGGCGAGACUCCUUAUAACAUCGACUGUAGCCAUCAGAAAAGCAUUUUAACUCAGAUAUUUGGAGCCAGACACUUGUCACCUACUGAAACAGAUGGUGACAUGCUUGGCUAUGAUUUAUAUAGCAGUGCCCUGGCAGAUAUUCUCAGUGAACCUACCAUGCAGCCACCCAUUUGUGUGGGGCUAUAUGCACAGUGGGGAAGUGGAAAAUCUUUCUUACUUAAGAAACUAGAAGAUGAAAUGAAGACAUUUGCAGGACAACAGAUUGAACCCCUUUUUCAGUUUUCAUGGCUUAUAGUAUUUAUUACAGUGCUACUGUGUGGAAGUGUUGGCUUACUGUUUGCUUUUACGGUUGACCCAAAUCUUGGAAUAGCAGUGUCAUUGAGCUUCCUGGCUCUCUUAUAUAUUUUCUUCAUUGUCAUUUAUUUUGGUGGACGAAGGGAAGGAGAGAGGUGGAAUUGGGCCUGGGUCCUCAGUACCAGAUUGGCAAGACACAUUGGGUAUUUGGAACUCCUCUUCAAACUGAUGUUUGUGAACCCACCUGAACUGCCAGAGCAAACUACGAAAGCUUUACCUGUGAGGUUUUUGUUUACAGAUUACAAUAGGCUAUCCAGUGUAGGUGGAGAAACUUCUUUGGCUGAGAUGAUUGCAACCCUCUCAGAUGCUUGUGAAAGAGAGUUUGGCUUUUUGGCAACCAGGCUUUUUCGAGUAUUCAAGACUGAAGAUGCUCAGGGUAAAAAGAAAUGGAAAAAAACAUGUUGUCUCCCAUCUUUUGUCAUCUUCCUUUUUAUCUUUGGCUGCAUUAUUGCUGGGAUCACUCUGCUGGCCAUAUUCAGAGUUGACCCAAAACACAUGACAGUGAAUGCUGUCCUCAUAUCAAUUGCAUCUAUAGUGGGGCUGGCUUUUGUGCUUAACUGCCGUACAUGGUGGCAAGUAUUGGACUCUCUGCUGAAUUCUCAAAGAAAACGCCUUCAUAAUGCUGCCUCCAAAAUGCACAAAUUGAAAAGUGAAGGAUUCAUGAAAGUUCUGAAGUGUGAAGUGGAAUUGAUGGCCAAGAUGGCUAAGACCAUCGACAGCUUCACCCAGAAUCAGACAAGGCUGGUGGUUAUCAUUGAUGGACUCGAUGCCUGUGAGCAGGACAAAGUGCUUCAGAUGCUGGACACAGUCCGAGUUCUGUUUUCAAAAGGCCCUUUUAUUGCCAUUUUUGCAAGUGACCCACAUAUUAUCAUAAAGGCUAUCAACCAGAACCUCAGUAGUGUGCUUCGCGACUCAAAUAUAAACGGGCACGACUAUAUGCGCAACAUAGUUCACUUACCUGUUUUCCUUAAUAGUCGUGGACUCAGCAAUGCAAGGAAAUUUCUUGUAACUUCAACAGCAAAUGGUGACAUUUCAUGCUCAGAUACUACAGGGAUUCAGGAAGAUGCUGACAGGAGAGUUUCACAAAACAGCCUUGGGGAGAUGACAAAACUUGGUAGCAGGACAGCUCUCAAUAGACGGGACACUUACCGAAGACGGCAGAUGCAGAGGACCAUCACUCGGCAGAUGUCCUUUGAUCUCACAAAAUUGCUGGUUACUGAAGACUGGUUCAGUGAUAUCAGUCCCCAGACCAUGAGAAGAUUACUUAAUAUCGUAUCUGUGACAGGGCGAUUACUGAGAGCCAAUCAGAUUAGUUUCAAUUGGGACAGGCUUGCUAGCUGGAUCAACCUUACUGAGCAGUGGCCAUAUCGGACUUCAUGGCUAAUAUUGUAUUUGGAAGAGACCGAGGGUGUUCCAGAUCAAAUGACAUUAAAAACCAUCUAUGAAAGAAUAUCAAAGAAUAUUCCAACAACUAAAGAUGUUGAACCACUACUUGAAAUUGAUGGAGAUAUAAGAAAUUUCGAAGUAUUUUUGUCUUCAAGGACCCCAGUUCUUGUGGCUCGAGAUGUAAAGACAUUUCUGCCUUGCACUGUAAACUUAGAUCCCAAACUACGGGAGAUUAUUGCAGAUGUCCGUGCUGCGAGAGAGCAGAUCAAUAUAGGAGGACUUGCAUACCCUCCACUUCCGCUACAUGAAGCUCCUCCUCGGGCACCCUCGGGCUACAGUCAGCCCCCAUCUGUCUGCUCUUCCUCCACUUCCUUCAACGGGCCAUUUGCAGGUGGGGUGGUGUCACCACAACCUCACAGCAGCUAUUACAGCGGCAUGACGGGUCCUCAGCAUCCCUUCUACAACAGGCCAUUCUUUGCCCCAUACCUUUACACGCCAAGGUAUUACCCUGGCAGUUCCCACCAUCUCAUCUCACGUCCAUCAGUAAAAACGAAUUUGCCCAGAGAUCAGAACAAUGGCCUAGGAUCAGGCCCAGGCACAGGAACCGUGCUGUCAUUGAAUUCCAUGAAUGUGGAUGCAGUAUGUGAGAAACUGAAACAAAUAGAAGGGCUGGACCAGAGCAUGCUGCCUCAGUACUGUGCUACCAUCAAAAAGGCAAACAUAAAUGGCCGAGUAUUAGCUCAGUGUAAUAUUGAUGAACUGAAGAAAGAAAUGAGUAUGAAUUUUGGAGACUGGCACCUUUUCAGAAGCACAGUAUUAGAAAUGAGAAAUGCAGAAAACCAAGUGGUCCCUGAAGACCCCCGUUUUCUUAAUGAAAACACCAGUGCUCCGAUUCCUCAUGGGGAAUCUGCUCGUCGGUCUUCACACAGCGAAUUGCCUCAUACUGAACUUUCCAAUCAGACUCCUUACACACUGAACUUCAGCUUUGAAGAACUGAACACACUUGGUCUAGAUGAAGGCGCCCCGCGUCACAGUAAUCUAAGUUGGCAGUCACAAACUCGCAGAACCCCAAGUCUUUCGAGUCUCAAUUCCCAGGAUUCCAGUAUUGAAAUUUCAAAGCUUACUGAUAAGGUGCAGGCCGAGUAUAGAGAUGCAUAUAGAGAAUAUAUUGCUCAAAUGUCCCAAUUAGAAGGGGGCACAGGGUCUACAACAAUUAGUGGCAGAUCUUCUCCACAUAGCACGUAUUACAUGGGUCAGAGUUCAUCAGGGGGCUCUAUUCAUUCUAAUCUAGAACAAGAAAAGGGGAAGGAAAGUGAGCCAAAGCAAGAGGAUGGGAGGAAAUCAUUUUUAAUGAAGAGGGGGGACGUUAUAGAUUAUUCAUCAUCAGGGGUUUCCACUAAUGAUGCCUCGCCCCUGGAUCCUAUUACUGAAGAGGAUGAAAAAUCUGACCAGUCGGGUAGUAAGCUACUUCUAGGCAAGAAAUCCUCAGAAAGGUCCAGUCUCUUCCAGACAGAUCUGAAGCUUAAGGGAAGUGGACUGCGCUAUCAGAAACUUCCAAGUGAUGAAGAUGAAUCUGGUGCAGAAGAAUCAGAUAAUACUCCACUGCUUAAAGAUGACAAAGAGAAAAAAGCUGAAGGCAAAGCAGAGAGAGCAUCUAAGUCUCCAGAACACAGCACGGAGCCAAUCAGAACCUUCAUUAAAGCUAAGGAAUAUUUAUCUGAUGCCCUCCUUGACAAAAAGGAUUCAUCGGAUUCAGGAGUGAGAUCCAACGAAAGUUCUCCCAAUCACUCUCUGCACAAUGAAGCAGCUGAUGAUUCUCAGCUUGAAAAGGCAAACCUCAUCGAGCUGGAAGAUGACAGUCAUAGUGGGAAGAGGGGAAUACCACAUAGUUUGAGUGGCCUGCAAGAUCCAGUUAUAGCUCGGAUGUCCAUUUGCUCAGAAGACAAGAAAAGCCCUUCUGAAUGUAGCCUGAUAGCUAGCAGCCCUGAAGAGAGCUGGCCUGCGUGCCAGAAGACCUAUAAUCUGAAUCGAACCCCGAGUACCAUGACCCUGAACAACAACACUGCUCCAGCUAAUAGAGCCAAUCAAAAUUUUGAUGAAAUGGAGGGAAUGAGGGAGACUUCUCAAGUCAUUCUGAGGCCUGGAUCCAGUCCCAACCCAACUGCUGUUCAGAAUGAAAAUCUAAAAAGCAUGACACACAAGCGUAGCCAGCGUUCAAGUUACACAAGGCUCUCGAAAGAUUCUCCAGAGCUCCAUACAGUGGCACCUUCUGAUAGUACAGGUUUCGGAGAAGAAAGAGAAAGCAUUCUUUAAGAAAAGCAAGGAAAAGUGGAAUAGUAUUACUAUACUUAUAACAAAAUUGUCCUAUAUUUUGAAACCAUCAUGUACAUCACCUGUAUGCAUUUCAUUAUAAUAGGUUAAUAGGUGGUCAAGCCUUUGGUGAAAGAAGUAUGUGCUUUACAACAGAGGACACCUAAGAAAUGGCAGUUCACCAGCCAGCCUCUAUUGUCUCUAUAUUUAGCAGCAUAAAACCUUACUUUUAAAAGUCUUUUGUUGGCACAUAACUCCAUAAAACUUUUUGAGACAAGAUCAUGCUAUAAAGAUAGAUCAGAAAUGUUUUAUUGAAUUUAAAGGGCUUAAUUUGCAAAAGAAAAAACUAGUGCUCCCUUUUGUAGAACAUUCAUUCAUCAAACAUUUAAGGAAAAUCAUGCUGUUAGAUGAAGCAGAAAAGCAAAUUUUGUUUUUAAGGGGUUUAAUCUAGGAAAGAAUUUACAUAUUUUAGAGUAUCCCAGAUAUUAAAGGUGAAGGAAUACUUAGUAGAUUGAGAAUCAGUGUUCUAUAUAGUGUCAAAUUGCUUAUCAAAGAAGUUUAAAUUUUAAGUAGAACCAUAUAAUAUAUAACAAGAAGGGCUUUAAAAAUUGACAAGAAAGUGAGCCAACAGUACCCAUAGUAGUAUAAGUAGGCCAUUAUGAGUUUUUUGUCGGUUUAACAUAACUUCUUUAUGGAGAAUUAAUCUGGCAGUAGAUCCUAAGUCACAGGAUUGUAGAUGGUGAGAUCACAGAUGCGUGACCUAGAUUUAGUGUUAUAUUUGUGAUGUUUAUCACUUAAUCAAUUUUAUUAAUAUGCUAUGCUGAUUAAAUUAUUUAUGUGCCCAGUCAUUGUGCAGAUAGUUGCUUUUUUGUGUUUCAUUGCCUUGAUGUUUGAGUGUCAUGGAGCAUUUUCAUGAAGUGUUUAUUCUGCAUGAUCUUUUAACAAAGAUUUUAAAUGUUUAAAAAGGCAGACAUGUUAAAGUUUUAAUAUUUUAACAUUUACAGUGUUUAUUCAUUUUCAAUAUUGUGUAAUUAGUAAAUAUUUCAGAGGCAGAGUUUUGUUCCUUUUUAGGUGAGUGGUUGCAGUUUACUGUCACUGGGGAGGAUAUUCUUUAUAUUGUUCGUGAAAUUAAUACUGGAGUAUUAAGUGUACAAAUAGAUUUAGAAAAUAAUAAAAAAUUGCAUGCUAUUCUGACUCAUGGAUUUAUGCUCACUACAGUGACGAUGAUUCAUCUUUUGAUUAAAAAUAAAGUAAUUUGUGUGUG